AUGGAUGUGAAACAACUCUUUGAUCAUAAUAAUAUAGAGAUAAUUAAAAUGGAACCAGAUCUUGUUUCCGAUCAAAUAGAUGGAAAUUAUUGUUGUACAAAAGACAAAACGUUUAAAAACAACAAAUACUAUGUGCUUGGUGAUAAUGAUAAUAUUUGUGAAUAUCAAACAACGAGGGAGUUCGUAAAUGUUGAUGGGAUCAAACAAGAAUGUGAAUUGCCUAAAAUUGAAGGUUCUGAUUUUCUGGAAAACUUUGAGUACGAAUCAGUACCUGAGAACGUUAACGACAUUAAAGCGGCAGAUAUCGGCGAUAUCAAGCCUGUGAUUAACGAAAUAAACGAAUAUGUACAGUUUAAAAAUGAAAGUGAACUUUUGACAUCCCAUUGUGAUUUGCCUACUCUAAACAGCGAGGUUAAGUUUACUGAUUAUCCGAAUUAUUUUGCACAGCCGUGUAGUAGCAAACAGAUCCUAAUAAAAUCGAAAUCAUCAAAACAUACUGUGAGAAAUGUUCCCAAACAAAAGAAGAGGGGGUAUCCCUGGUUUGUUCUCAAAAAAACUUUCAGAUCGCCUAGAGAAAAUCUGUUCAAUUUGCAGUUUGGAAGAAGUUACGAAACUUGUUACUAUUGCGGCCAGAUUUUUCUUACUAAGUCACAGUUUCUGUUUCAUUUUAUCGCUAUUCAUUAUGUAAAGAAAGUAACAAAAUUUUCCAAGCGAAAAUUUGGACAAUAUAAGCAUUGUCGGUGUGAAAAUUGUUUAAAUACUAUAUUCAAAGAUCGACCUAUAGCAAAUAUGUCCCAUUCCAAUGAUAAAAAUUGUGAAAUUAGUUCUAAAAGAAUCCCAAUCGAAAUAAAUUUAAAUAAUCAUAUAAAAAUGCACACUGGUAAAAAGUUGUAUAAAUGUAACAUAUGUUUGAAACGGUAUACCCAAAAACAUAAUUUGGAAAAGCACUUGAAAAUUCACACUGUAGAAAAACCGUUCAAGUGUGAAAUAUGUUCGAUGCGAUUUAUUGAGAAAAGCGAUAUAAAAAAGCACUUAAUAAUUCACACCGGAGAAAAACCUUUUCAGUGUGAAAUAUGUUCGAAACAGUUUACUGAGAAAGGCAAUUUAAAAUGUCACUUAAAAAGUCACACCGGAGAAAAACCGUUUAAGUGUGAAAUAUGUUCGAAACUGUUUACACAUAAAGGCGAUUUAAAUAAACACUUAACCGUUCACACCGGAGAAAAACCGUUCAAAUGUGAAAUAUGUUCGAAACGGUUUAUUCAGAAAAGCUAUUUAAAAAAACACCAACUAAUUCACACCGGAGAAAAACCAUUUGAGUGUAAAAUAUGUUCGAAACAGUUUACACAGAAAAGCAGUUUAAAUUUUCAUUUAAAGAUUCACGCUGGAGAAAAACUGUUCCAUUGUGAAAUAUGUUCGAAACUAUUUACCCAGAAAAUCGAUUUAAAAAGGCACCUUAAAAUUCACACUGGAGAAAAACCUUUUAAGUGUGAAAUAUGUUCGAAACAGUUUAUCCUGAAAAACGAUUUAAAAAAGCAUUCAAGAAUUCACACAGGAGAAAAACCAUUUGAGUGUGAAAUAUGUUCGAAACGUUUUAUUCAGAAAAGCCAUUUAAAAAAGCACUCAAUAAUUCACACCGGUGAGAAACCGUUCGAGUGUGAAAUAUGUUUAAAACGGUUUACUCAGAAAAGUCAUUUAAAAAAGCACUCAAUAAUUCACACCGGAAAAUAUAUUUGA